AUCAUUAUUCUAAUAACACAAGUUUAAGUAAGCGCAUGUUGUUUAUUCGUUUUUGAGUUUCACAAGAUUCCUGAAUAAGGUUAAUUGAUAAAUAGUGCAAGAUUUUUGAGGUGACUUAUUCAAAAGAACUAUUAUGGGAGACUAUGGAAAAAAUUUCACGAUUUCUCUUCACUUUAUUUGGAAAAUUUUAGCUGAACAAAACUUGCAUGAAGGUGGAAGUGGCGGCGUCAAAAAUGCCAGAAAAUAGCAUCGCCCAUCAAUCAAAAAUCGUAGAAACCUGGUUUUUUUCUAAUACACAGAUUCUGGUUGUUUUGGUGCUAGCGUCAUGUGGUAAUGUAUGUAAAGGGUGUGACAGAUCCGCAUGGCCUGCCGUCGCAGCCAGCACCAGCAGCUCAAACAGCAGCAGCCAAAUCACCAUGGUGAAGACGUUCCAGGCCUAUUUGCCACAAUGCCAUCGCACCUAUUCGUGCAUCCACUGCCGGGCGCACCUCGCCAACCACGACGAGCUUAUUUCCAAGUCAUUCCAGGGCAGUCAAGGUCGAGCAUAUUUAUUUAAUUCCGUAGUGAAUGUUGGAUGUGGACCUGCUGAAGAAAGAGUCCUCCUUACUGGCCUACACGCUGUUGCGGACAUUUAUUGUGAAUGCUGUAAAACCACCCUUGGAUGGAAAUAUGAACAUGCCUUCGAGUCAAGUCAGAAAUACAAGGAAGGCAAAUUCAUUAUAGAGCUAGCCCAUAUGAUCAAGGAAAAUGGUUGGGAUUGACCUUAUUGAAUAGUGUGCAACCGAAGCUGAUUCACAAUGUUCACAAAGGCAUUCAAAAGUAAAAAUACAUGUCAUAGACUCAUGUUCAAUAAUAAUUUCUGUUUUUUGGACUGGACCUAAACAGUUACGUGAAAGGACCGUAGUUAUGCCCGAAACGAAACCAUCUUGUGACAUAACACAAAUUUUCAUUAGAGUCCUGAAAAGUGGCGAGAAGCAUUGGAUGUUGUGAAUUUCUAUUGAUCGUUGUUAAAGCUUGAUAGUAAGGCACCUUUUCUUCACCCUCUAAUACACAUUAGGGAACAAUGUGCAAUCGUCUUACAUACUACCUUAAAAAUUGAAGCUCUUCACAAAGCAUUCUGUGUUAGAAACGAUAAACUAUGUCUGUGUUAAAUAACCCUGGAAUCAAAGCGUUUACAAAUUGGAUACGCUGGUGCUUUAAGGAGUACUUGUCAAAUUAGAGACUUAUUAGACCAUGGCAAAGCGUUAUUGCUGUGUUAGUUAAAAAGGGACUGAUGGUGUGUUUAAUCACAUAUUUAUUUACAUUAUUUGUAACACUGGUUUUCAAGUUAAGAGUCAUUUUUUAAUUUUAGGUUUUAUCAUGCAAUAGUAGAAAUAGUAAAAGUAAGCAGGCUUAUGGAUAAUUUUUUAAUACUGUUCUAGUAUCUUUCUCCUAGAAACGAUCUCACCGAACCUUUGUAUGUGUCUAACUUUUCAUCUAUUCAGACCCCUUUUCACUAGGAGGAGGAGUAUAAUAUUUCUUGUAGAAAAUUUUAUUUAACAUUAUAAGUUAGGAAUGUCUUGUCAGUUUUAUGAUGAGAUUUUUCAGAACUUUUAGUAGAAUGUGACUACCUACAUGAUUUUAUUCGAUAAUAUUUCUAUUCUUAACUUCAAAUAGAAGUAAUCUUGUGAAUUUUCAAUUUUUUUAUUUUGACGUAAUAGCGUGAGAGAGACUGAAUAGAAAAUCUGUUACUUGAUACUAGUUUUGGAAAAUGCUCACAGUGACACUUUUUUGAAUUGUGAUAAUACUCACAUGCAGAUGUGAAACAUAUUCAAAAUGCAUUUUGAAAUAUGGACAAUUGAUGUUUAAUGAAACUGAAACCAAUUUUGAACAAAAUAAUGUUUUUUGCAUGUGGGUCAGCUUUCACAAUUAUAUUUUGUAAUAUAAUAUAUAUCACAACAUAAAGAAAUGGUCAUAGCAAUCGAAAAAAAAAUGUUCCUUUCAAAUAAAUGGACAAUUCAGUUGAAAAAUUUCAAAUUGAAUAAAGAUAUAUGUUUGUUAAAGUCUUUCUGACAGCUAAAACUGGAACUAUUGGUUUUCAUUUCAUUUUUCAAGAAAUUGUUGAAGUCAUAUAUUUUUUCUGACUUUUGAAAUGUUGCGGAAUUAUUGUCAAUCAUCUUACAGUAACUUCAUACUUAUAACCAUAUAUCAAUCAACAUGUAUUUUUAUAUUUAUGUCAGUGAUAUAUUGACCUAUUUAACUAUCAUUAUGUCUAGCAAAAUAUGAUAAAACAUUUUUGUAACACAAUAUUCAAGAUAUUAAGUAUUGGUGUUUCUUGUUCAACUUAUUGAAUGGUUAUUUUUGGUAAUUGUAUGAUUUGUGAUAGUUCUUUUGUGAUAUGAUUUUCUCAAUUAAAAUUGCAUAUUAUAAGUGAAUUCGUACUCAACAUUGAUUAGAAUUAUGUAGAGUGAUUACUCUAAAAAUAUUUCUCAAAUCCUAUUUUUGUACACCAUAAGCAUAUGGUUCCUGAGACAAAAUUAGUUGUUGACUCGACUCAAUCAGAAUAAUAUGCAAUUUCUUUUUUCAUUUCGUUUCACUAGAUUUGGUUAUAUCUAAGACAAGUUUGCUUUUGACUGUGAAAACCAACUUAGUAAUUAAGAUCACGCGAUAAACAACAUGUUUUUCAUUCAUACUGCCAGUAGAUGUUUAGUGUCAUAAUUAGCAUUUGCAAGGUCUUCUAUCCUAAAAAUGCUUCAGAACUAUAAAAUUAUUUGUAAUGUAGUAACAGGCCUCGGUUAUGAAAUGCAAAUAAUCAGCUGGAGGACAAAGCAAACAUCUUCUAUUCACUUUAUUAUUAUCAUCAAAUAGUUGAAAAAAAUCAAAUAUUGAUGAACUACAUAAAUAUCAAAAUUUAUUGCCAAAAUGAAAUUUGAGACAAGAUAUUUCCAAUUACUGCCUUGACUAUUAUAUUUGAAUUCAACCUGCAAUGUACAGGUAAUAAUAUCUUGUUGUUAUGAAUGUUUUGUGACUCAUUUUAUUUCAUUUUUUUGACUCAUAUUUUUAACAUUCGAAAUUCUGUUUGACUUGAGAUUUGAUCUGUCAGAGACAAUCAGAGUAAUAUAUUUCUGAUCCAAAUCAGAACCAAUUCUAGGUAUAAAUGAUGAAAGGCAAACUAAAAAUGUUAUUCUGAAGGUUAUUGCUUAAUAAAAACUUCUGAAUGAAAUACUUUGAAAAUACAUUGGAUGAGGAUUUCAUUUGGAGUACAUGUAGCUUUUCUGUAUUGGCUACUCUGAUGGUUCGUUAUUUAGUGUCAGUUUUCAUGUUAUUGUUCACUAAAAAUCGAGAAUUAAUAAUGGAAAAUUGAACAAUGAAAACAGCAAAUAAAAGUUGAAAAUGGACCAUAUAAACCUCAACUAUAUGUGACAAAUGACAGUAAUGAUGAAUACACAGAGUAGCCAAGUCAGAAAAUAUACAUGUGCUGCAAACAAAAUCAUAAUUGAUAUGGACGAUAAAAUGAACAACAAAUAGUACUCAAUAAUAUACAAUAGAAACAUCAUUCAUGCAGAUGAGAACUGACACUAAUGACUAAUAUAAAGAGUAGGUGACAUAGAAAAAAUACUUGUUUCCCAAUCGAAAAUCUUAUCCAAUUUUUAUACUAUAAUUGAACUAUUUCUUCAGAUGUCUACAUUAUUCAGUAACUUUUUGAGGAACAUUUUACUGUUUGAUUUUUACUUUUAUGCACAUUUUCUGCUGACUUACGAAACUAUGAUGUUGCCUCAAACAAAAAAGUUACAGAAUUCUAGGGCAUCAUUUUCAUCUUUAUAAAUUUGCAGUACAAUUACAAAUAUUCUAGAAUUAGCGAAUUUUCAGGAUAGGAGUAUUCUUCAAGGAAAUAUAAAGCAUUUAUUUAAGGAAUGUUUUUGAUAAAGUUGUAAAUGACAUUAUUGUUAAAGCUCGGUACAUUUACUGUGACUAUGAGUAAGAUAAAUAUCUGAGAGAGUGGAUUUAGGAAUUUAUAGAGGAAAUUCAAAUCGAAUUUAUUGUGAAAUUUUUGUGUGAGAAAUAUUAAGUUGAAGUCUAUACUGGAAUAAUAAUAAUAAUAAAAAUUCAGGUUAGUUGCAGAUUUAAUUUUAAAACAGUUAACUUAUCAGUGAUAGUAUGUGAUAUGGUCUGUAUGUGACUUGAAAAAAAAUGCCAUUUCAAUAGGCAACUUUGGCACAUUGAAGUGGUAAUUUUUCAAAAAUAUUACAUAUUCUGCAAUUUCAUUCAACUUUCCGUGCAGUUGUUCAUAUAAACCACUAUGACGGUGUAAAAGUUAUUGAUUUUCUCAUUGCUAAAUACUAUUUUUUUCUUGAAUUAAUCUAGGAAACUAAUGGAGCAAUGGUCGUCAGAAAAAUAAAUAUACUUUCCCAAUUUCAUAAUGGUUCUCAAGAGCAAGUCAGGAUAGAGGAUAACCUUGCCUUCCAAUAUGUAUCAUAUUCAUGGAAAUAUUGUUUUGUAUUCUUUAAAUUUAUAGUUAGAUAGUGUCUAGCUGUUCUAUUUGGACUGGUAAUAUUUAUUGAAAUGAGUUGAAAAUUGUUUGUUUUUGUGACUCGUGCGAAAUUUACAUAAUAAAACGUCAAUAACCAUU